AAAACUGAGGUGAUGUAGUAUUGCAGCGACAAACUUUCUUAUCAUGGGUGCACAUCAAGUUUAAAACAGCAUCUUAAAGCGAAACGUGAACGUGAGGAUGGCGCCGCUCGCUUGAAUGCGACGUCAACUGGGUUGCCAAACGUACCUUGAAAAAGAAAUCGUCCGGUAUUUAAAAGCAAAAGUACGCGUUCCUUAUUUAGCUGUCAAGAGACGCACUUGUCCGGUAUUUCUAUUAGGUAAGUGGCAAACAGAGCCGAGUAUUUUAUUUUCAUGUUCCCGGGUUGGUGCGCCCUAUGAAAUAAAGGGGUAAAUCGUGACGUCACACGCCAGUUUUGACUCGGCAGUUUCGCCACGGUUGCCAACACGCACCGAACAGGCGUCUUGUCAGUGCAGCAAAUAACUCAAUUGGUCCGACAUUCAUUGAGGAUAUUACAUCCGGUGUGGACCCUUCUCAGGAGAGCGAAACAUUCUCUCAAAUACUUCCUCACCGCAACGUCGGGAAUGAAAAACUUCCCAGAGUUUGUGGGCGUGGCCAUGGUGGAUGACGUCCAGGUGGGCUACUGUGACAGCAACAUCCAGUCUGCGGAGCCCAAACAGGACUGGAUAAAGAAACUGGUCCAGGUUGAGCCAUAUCACUUGCAAUGGUACAAGUUAAAGUGCUCCGGCAACCAGCAGGUCUUCAGAGCCAAACUUGAGGAUUUUAGUCGACGCUUAAACCAAUCUGGAGGCAGUCACAUCUUGCAGAGAAUGAAUGGCUGUGAAAUAGACGACGAGACCGGAGAAGUGACGGGCUUCAAUCAGUACGGUUACGAUGGCGAAGACUUCAUUGCGUUAAACCUGCAGACUUUGACGUGGACUGCCCCAAAACCGCAGGCUUUCACCACCAAACUCCUUUGGGACACAGAGACGGCCCGACUUGAAUACAACAAGAACUACUACAUUUAUAGGUGCCCCGAGUGGCUGAAGAAAUACGUCCACUAUGGGAAGAGUGUCCUACAGAGAAAAGAACUUCCCUUGGUGUCUCUCCUCCAGAAGACUCCCACAUCGCCAGUCUGCUGCCAUGCCACCGGUUUCUACCCCGACAUGGCCAUGCUGUUCUGGAGGAGAGACGGCGAAGAGGUCCACGAGCAUGUAGAACAUGGUGAGAUCCUCCCCAACCACGACGGAACUUUCCAGAUGAGCGUCAUCAUUAACAUGUCGUCCAUCCCGGACGCUGAGUGGGGGGAGUACGAGUGCGUGUUUACACUAGAUGGCGUCAAGGACCAGUUGGUCAUCAAACUGAACAAAACUGAGAUCAAAACCAACUGGGUUCCUCCCCCAAAGUUUCCCACUGGUCCCGUGGCUGGAGGUGUCGUGGUGCUGUUGCUCCUUCUGCCAGCCGCCAUGACUGGACUUUACCUUUGGAGAAGAAAAUAUAGCGGAUUCCAGCUUUCUAACGUGGGUCUUGAACUCGCGCCCCCACUUGCGCCAUUCCAAGCCUUCGCGGAAUGAGUCGUGCACACCGGAGGGGUUCCCAACGAAGUCUGUGAUGUCUGUGAAAGUACUGAAGGACCGGAAUUCUUUGAGGCAGCGAUC